CUGAUCGCCUGCUGCUGGUUUGUUCGAUAACAAUCUCAGAGACCCCGCCGCUGCAGAAUACUAUUAACUCUGCAACACAAACCUCCAUAGCCAUAUCCGUACAUACGUCGCCAAGAACAACCCUCUCUAUGCCCUUCUAACUUCUAUCUCACUCACCCUAUGGGCUCCGCUUCCGCCAUCUCUCUCUGCUCUCAUCCUAAGAUUCUGCUGCGGUCCCUCACGAACAAGCAGAGGCUGCAAUCUCAAUGCCAAUCCCAAGGUUCGGGGAGUGCUUGGCUGGGCUAUCGUACGCAGGUUGUGUUUUUACCUCCUAUCCUUCCGCGAAGGAGGAGAUGCUUGGUGGUAAAGGCGGCUUCUGCGGCUGAGGGAGGUCCUAGAAGGCCCGCCAGUGCUCGGAGAGUGUAUAGAGAAUCACAGAGCGCGAGCUCAUUGCCUGUUGCUCCAGUAAAGCAGCUCGCUUCCUUCGUCGUUCCCGCCGCCUCAUUCUUUGCCGUCACUUUCGUUUUGUGGAAAUUGGUGGAGAAAAUCCUUGUUCCAAAGCGGCAGAGGACUUCAUCUGUUGAAAACAAAACGCCUGCCGAAGGAAUGAAGUGGUCUUUUGCCGCCGGUUCAAAUUUGCUUACAGGUUUUGGUGCAAAGAUUGAGAGAGAGUCCAAGCUGAAGCUCAAUGACUUCGCCAAGGAACUUAGGUCAUUCAGAAGUGUCGACUUGUCAGGGCGUAAUUUUGGAGAUGAAGGAUUAUUUUUUCUUUCUGAGAGUUUGGGUUACAAUCAGACUGCUGAAGAAGUGAGUUUUGCUGCAAAUGGAAUAACUGGAACUGGAAUAAAAGCCUUUGAUGGUGUUCUUCAAGCUAACAUUAUGUUAAAGACUCUUAAUCUUUCUGGAAACCCCAUUGGAGAUGAAGGCAUUAAGUGCCUAUGUGACAUAUUGGUGAAUAAUAAUGGUAUUCAAAAGCUCCAGCUCAACAGUACUGACUUAGGGGAUGAGGGUGCAAAGGCUAUUGCAGAAAUGUUGAAGAAUAAUUCAAGCUUGCGUGCUCUCGAACUUAACAACAAUAUGAUCGACUACUCUGGAUUUACAAGUCUUGCUGGAGCUCUUGUUGAGAACAACACAAUACGGAAUAUACAUCUGAAUGGCAAUUAUGGUGGUGCCCUGGGGGCCAAUGCUUUAGCGAAAGGACUUGAGGGGAACAAGUCUUUAAGGGAACUUCAUUUGCAUGGAAAUUCUAUUGGAGAUGAAGGAGUGGCUGCUUUGAUGUCAGGUUUAUCAUUACAUAAAGGUAAACUUACACUUCUAGAUAUUGGCAACAACUCUUUUAGUGCAAAAGGCGCCUUUCAUGUUGGUGGAUAUGUCAAAAAGACCAAGAGCUUGUUAUGGUUGAACGUUUACAUGAAUGAUAUAGGUGAUGAGGGAGCUGAAAACAUUGCAGAUGCUUUGAAGCAAAACCGGACAAUAACAACCAUAGACCUGGGAGGAAAUAACAUCCAUGCCAAGGGAGUCACUGCCAUAGCUGAAGCGUUGAAAGAUAAUUCUGUCAUUACAUUUUUGGAGCUUGGUUAUAAUCCCAUGGGACCUGAUGGGGUGAAGGCUUUAUCCGAAGUUCUCAAGUUUCACGGAAACAUAGAAACCCUUAAACUUGGCUGGUGCCAGAUUGGUGCAAAGGGUGCAGAGUUCCUCGCGGAUAUGUUAAAAUAUAAUACUACAAUACGCGUUCUGGACUUGCGGGCAAAUGGACUUCGAAAUGAAGGUGCAUCCUGCCUGGCUCGUAGCUUAAAAGUGGUUAAUGAAGCUUUAAGUUCGUUAGAUUUAGGGUUCAAUGAAAUCAGGGAUGACGGGGCGUUUGCAAUUGCUCAAGCACUGAAGGCCAAUGAAGAUGUGACAAUCACAUCUCUGAACCUUGCGAGUAAUUUCCUCACCAAAUUUGGGCAGAGUGCUCUGACAGAUGCAAGAGACCAUGUAUAUGAGAUGAGUGAAAAAGAAAUCAACAUUUUUUUCUAGAAGGCUUACUUAUUAGAUUAGAAAUGUGGGUGGUAUGUGGGAAACAAAUCAACAUCUUUUGGUUUAUUCUUUUUCCCAGGAAGCAUGGGUAAGAACUCCAAUAUCCAAACCUGUGGUUGAAAAUUUUGAGUUCUUAUCGACUUCCACUUACUGAGGAACAAAUUGGAAAUUUUGACAUUGAGAGAUCAUAGUUAGCCCUUCAGUGAUAGAUAGGUACUGUUCGUAAGGCUUUUCUUUUUCUUUUCAUGGGUUGUGGGUGGGGGUGGUGUUAUUCACUAAAGAGUUGAGUAUAAGUCUACAAAGCUUUGUAUCUUUCAAUGUACUGAUAAAUUCAGAGAAGUUUUUGUAAUGUAUUUAGUA